AUGAAGAAAGUUCUUGGACCUAGUAUUCUGAUACUUACCGCUCUCCCAACUAUCCUUGCCGGAAUAGUCGCAAAAAGAGUGGUUCUCCCGCCAGGAUGGUCAUCACAAGGAUGCUAUGUGGACAUCGGACGAACUUUGACAGGUGCAAAUACAGCCUCCGGAGCUAUGACAGUCGAGACAUGUAUUGCGUUUUGUAUCUCAAACAACUAUGCAUAUGCUGGGACUGAAUUCGCCAGCGAAUGUUUUUGUGGUAACACCAUUGCCACAGCCGCGGCGUCUGCUCCGGCUAGCCAGUGUAAUAUGGCAUGUGCGGGGAACACCACGCAGACCUGUGGAGGAGGUGGUCGCUUGAGUCUAUACUGGAGUGGAGUCGUGGUGCCACCACCUUCAAAUAUACCUUCUGUGGGUAACUAUAACUAUAGCAGCUGUAGAACAGAGGGAAGUACUGGCCGGGCAUUAACGGGCCGAGCCACAGCCUCUGACUCCAUGACCAUACAGAGCUGCGCGGCGUUCUGCGCUGGUUUCACAUAUUUUGGUACGGAAUUCGGGCGAGAGUGUUAUUGCGGAAACAGCUUCACUACUGGGUCGGUGAUAGUUGCUGAUAGCGAUUGUAACACGCUAUGUAGUGGUAACAGCCUGCAGUUCUGCGGGGCUGGUGGUCGUUUGACAGUGUAUGCCGUCGCUGGCACUCCCCCGCCACCAACAAGUACGGUUUCAACUACUACUGCACCUACUACGACUGCCUCAGUUCCUACGGGAUUUCCAACGGGUUGGACGUCUCAAGGUUGUUGGGCAGAGCCUGCAAAUGGCCGCCUCUUAACCCAUCAACAACCUGAUAGCAGUACAAACACUCUUGAGAGCUGCGUUCAGACAUGUGCUGGGCUAGGAUAUAAAGUUGCUGGCGCUGAGUUUGGCACACAAUGCUUCUGUGAUAACUUUGUGUAUAAUGGAGGCGCUUUGGCACCGAACCAGGCUGACUGCAAUUCUCGUUGCCCGGGAAAUACGGCAGAGUUCUGUGGAGGUCCUGGAAGGGUCACCCUAUACUCAGUUGGUGCUCCCCAGGUAUUUCAGCCACCUGCACCACAGAUAUCUGGCUUGCCUAGCGGAUGGAGAUAUUCUGGAUGCUGGGGUGACAAUGUCGCUGCGGCCGAGGACCCCAAUGUCAAAAUUGCAGCCCUGCCUUAUCAACUUUGGGAUAAAUCCACGAACAUUCCGUCAGAAUGUAUUGCUCAGUGCCAAAAGUUUGGCUUCAAUGCUGCAGGCUUAGAAUAUGGUCGGCAAUGCUACUGUGGUGAUCAAGCUAAUCUGUUGGUCGCCUCAUUGCCAUCAGUAUCGACGAAUCCAUCAGCUGUAGACCACUAUACAUACGCGAAUCCACCAGUACAAUAUCCAGAGUCACAAUGUAACGCCCCAUGUACAGGUGCCCCAGAGCUGAUCUGUGGCUCGGGAGAUAGACUUACAUUAUACACAUGGAAUGCGACCACACCUCUUUAUCAAUGGAGCUUCCCGACCGGUCCAGCCGCAGGUGAAUAUUCUCUUCUGAUUGGCGGUAGAAUUGUGCCCCUCAUCACUUCUCAAGCUAUUACUGGCAAAGUCACUUUUUUGGAAAAGUCAGGAACUGGAUUUCCGAAUGGCACUGGUGCUUACGAACUCGAUCUAACUCAGAUCGCGAACUUCAGUUCAGCUUGGCGGACAAUGUCGCAACCACAGUCAGAUGUGUUUUGUUCUGGAGGUGUCACAAUGCCAGACCGGAAAGGUAGACAGAUUAACGUUGGAGGGUGGGCUGGCGAAUCCAACUAUGGUGUCAGAAUGUACCUUCCAGAUGGCUCGCCCGGAGUCAAAGGCACAAAUCAGUGGAUUGAAGAUAAAGCACAUCUCAAGCUUCAGGUUCCUCGUUGGUACCCCUCAGCGUUGGUAAUGGCCAAUGGCUCAAUUCUCGUUGUUGGAGGCGAGAUCGGACAGAACGCGGCAGAGCAGCCAACACUCGAGAUAUUGCCGGCUACCGGUGUGCCUGACGCUUCUACACAAAGUGGAUAUUCAAACACAACCAAAUAUCUCGACUUUCUUGACCGUACGGCACCUUUCAAUCUUUAUCCGUGGAUCACUGUCGUACCAUCUGGAAUCUUGAUGGUUUACUAUAAUGAAGCCCGCAUAGUCGACGAAGUCAAUUUUAAUACCAUCAAGACACUUCCAAAUCUGCCAGGCGCUGUCAAUGAUCCCACUGGAGGACGAUCAUACCAGCUCCAAGGGGCAACUGUCAGCUUACCUCAAUAUGCACCUUUUACAGACCCUCUUGGCGUAUUGGUCUGCGGUGGUUCGACAGAAAACGGACAUCAUGCAAUCGAUAACUGCGUUUCAACCCAACCCGAAGCCGCAGAUCCGCAAUGGCUGAUUGAGCGCAUGCCUUCUCGAAGAGUAAUGCCUUGUAUGGCCGGUCUUCCCGACGGAACCUAUGUGAUCUUAGGCGGCGGUCAACAUGGUGUAGCUGGAUUCGGUCUCGCAGGCGCUCCAAACUAUAACGCAGUUCUCUACGACCCCACCAAACCCCCUAACCAACGCAUGUCUGUAAUGGCCAACACCAGUGUAGCUCGUCUCUACCAUUCAGAAGCCAUCGUGCUUCUCGACGGACGCGUCAUGGUCUCUGGUUCUGAUCCUUCCGGUCAAUACACCAAUCCACCCGAUAACUUCCCCGAAGAAUACAGGGUAGAAGUUUUCUCACCUCCAUAUCUGCUGAGCAACGCCAGCAGACCAACAUUCACAAUCGACAACAAGGACUGGACAUACGCAGAAGAUAUUACAUUUACAUCUAGCACUGGCGGUGUCAGAGUCUCCUUACUCGGAAGCGUAAGCAGUACGCACGGGAAUAGCAUGGGCCAGAGAACAAUGUUCCCAGCCGUCACUUGUGACGAGACAACUUGCACUGUCACAUCGCCGCCGAAUGCGCAUGCUUGUCCGCCUGGUUGGUAUAUGAUGUUUGUGUUGGACGGACCGACUCCUUCUGUUGGUCAAUUUGUGCGUAUUGGUGGUGAUCCGGCGAAUUUGGGGAAUUGGCCGAAUCUUCCUGGGUUUCCGCUGCCUGGGACUGGGCCUUUAUGA